AUGGCGGGCAGCAGCCUGCAGGCGGACCAGGCCCAGGCCCUGCGCCGGCUGCACGCGGAGCUGGUGGAGUGCGUGCGGCGCGUGGGCGGGAAGACGCUCGAGGACAACGCCACCAGUGGCCUCGUGCAGCUGGCGCCGCGCGAGCGGGGCGGCAUGAGCACGGAGGACGCGGCCGUGCGCCUGGGCCAGCUGCUGUGCCGCUGGGCGCGGCGCCAGAGCCCGGCGGUGCGCCUGCGCGCGGCCGUGCACGUCGGGGAGCUCCAGACCUUCGAGCUGCCGGCCACUGGCCGCCGCGCGCACCUGGGCCCCGUGGUGGACUCGUGCAAGAGCCUGGCGCUGGGGGCCGAGGGCAACUACGUGGUGCACCUGUCCGCGCGGGCGCGCGAGGGGCUGGUGGCGCUGGGCGGCGAGCGCCUGCGCCUCUCGCGCAGGGGCGGCUCCUACUACGCGGAGGCAGGGGCGGCCGAGGAGGCGCCGAGGGGGCAGGCGUCCCUGGCCGAGCUGGUUGCCGAGGAGUUCGACGUCCGCCCUGCGCCCGAGGCGGCCCCGGCUGGCGCUCGGGACGGCUCCGAGGCCGACAUCCAGGGCAUGCUGUUCCGAGAUUUCCGGCGCUAUCUGCAGAGCCACGGCGUCGACACCGAGAAGUACGGCAGGGGCGACGCCAAGACUCUCCGGGAGUUCUACAGCGACGUCGCGAUCGAGCGGGACUCCAACCUCGAGGUGGUGGGCGGCGUGCUGCGCAGGCUCAAGGAGGUGAUCCGGAUCCAGCUGCUCACCCGGGGCGACGACAACAAGCUUCGCGAGCUGAGGAUCGACUCCCAGAGCCGGGCCGACGGCAGCUUCAGGAAGCGGAACGAGAAGCUCGUGGCGGUCCUGAGGGCGCACGAGGGGCAGCGCUGGAAGGAGGCGCUGCCGCAGUUUUUUGAGGAGAAGUUCGGCCUGAGCAAGACGGAUCAGACGGCCUGUCUCUCUGUGAAGUGGGACAGCUACAAGUUCGAGGAGGAAGCGCAUGUCUCUGGGACGAUUCCUGGCAUCCUCACCACGUACAAGAUGCACAAUAUCGUCGUCAAUGUCAAGGACCCGGCCCACCCACAGCUGGCGCGGAUGGGUCUCCCUGGGGGUGUUGAUUUCUCCACCGACAAGCUGACUGGGGAGCACCGCUGGAAGUGGGCAGAGAUCGGCGGAGAGAAAGAGGCAAAGCUUCUCGCGAAGCUUGCCAAGGCAAAUGGCGGCCAGAUCCAGUUGACUCCCACUGCCUUCUCAGAGCUCUACGACGAAGUCUACGACUCCUGCCAGGCGUCGCUGGAGCUGGCAGAGGACGGCGAGCUGUGUCGCAAGGUGCGCGUCCUCAAAGUCUGGCUGCAUGCGGACAUCCUCGCUGCCGACCAGGUGCUCCUGCUGGACUCCAAGAUCCAGAGGGGGAAGUGCGACGAGGCGGACAAAGGCCGCCCACUGACGAUGCGGUUGCCCCAGGGGAAGACCUGGCAGCAGGCCGUGGAGACGUUGUUCCACAAGCGUCUGGGAAUCACGCCAGAGACCCAGCUCAGCUGCAUCGCUGUGGACCUUGCCUCUCACCAGUCGAGGGAGGACCGUGGAGUCUCUCGCUCGUACCCGGGGAUCCAGACCCUGUACCAGAUCGACGAGGUCACCGCCCGGGUGGUCAUGAACGAGGUGGACACCGCGACCUUGCACCGCAUCGGCCUCCCGGACGGCCAGAACUUCUCCUUCUCCAGGUGGGAGCCCGCCAAGGGCCCUGGCGCUGGCAGCAUGACCAUCAUGCACUGGUCCUGGCAGAGCAGCCACGACAUCUCCGCGGUCAGGGUCCGCCGCGCCCCGUCCCUGACCGACCGUCACUCCGAGGCCUGGUGGGCGGAGGUGCGGGAGCAGCGGAGGCACCUGCUCGUGCCCGAGCUGGACGGGGACAUGCAGGGCGGGGCCCGGGGCGGCGCGGGCGGGUCCUGGUUCUCCUUCAGCAACGCCACGGUCCUGGAGAGCCUGAUGCGGGGGAAGAAGGUGGACAUGAAGCGGGCCAGGCGCGCGGCCAGGGAGAUCUGCAACCCGAACUACACCUGCAAGGACUUCUACGAGGACAUCGUCGCGGCCUUCCCCGAGCUGAACCUUUACCUUGUCGGCGACAUGACCAGUGGCCGGGCUGGCGAGGACGAGUACCAGCGCACCCUGGGAGCCAUGUUCUCCUUCUUCUGGCUCAUGCGCUUGCACUUGGACGGCAGCCAGUCCUUCUGCUUCGGGCUCGACGAGUGCUGGAAGGCGCGCACGAAGCCGUUCGACGACAGUCAGACGGCGCUUGACGAGUGGGAGCGCCGGAGCGCCUUCCACAGAGAUGCCGAGUGGGCGUCGCUGGAGCAGCUGGUCGUGAACGCGGGGCUGCUGGAAGAGGCGACGACCGGGGCCGCCGACUUCUCCCGCAAGCGGAGCUUCCUGGCGCUCGCGUCCAAGAAGGCGAAGGACUCGCGGAGGCACAACGAGGACCGCACGCUGGGCAUGCUGGUGCUCACUGCCAUACACGACAUCAUGAAGACGGUGCAGUUGCUGCCCACGGUCAGCAGGAAGCACGUGACCGGAUCCUUCCGCGGCUACAAGGUGGGCGAGGUGAUCAACGACCACGACGCGGCCCUGGCCUACGUGCUCGAGUACUACCCCAACGUCCUCCCAUCCUUCGCCGCACUCCCGAAGGAGCAGCAGGACAGCGUAAAGUUCACCCAAAGCAAGAUGGAGUACAACAUGGGCUGGCUGGUCCAGGCCGAGGCUCCCCCGGGCGCCCUGUUCCGGAAGCUGCGCCGCGUGGUGGCGUCCGGGCAGGCGUCGCCGCAGGACUUGGCAUUCUAUUUCACCCACUGGUUCACGGAUCUCGCGGGCGCGGAGCCCUUCCCCCAGGAGGGCUGCGAGAAGUUUGUGCUCAAGUUCCCCAAGGCUGUCCUGAACCAGUUCCUGCUCUCCUUCAACAUCGUCCAGAACAUCGGGCUCCAGGGUGCCACGGAGACGCAGGUGUACGAGGACUACCUGGCCUGGCGCUGGGACAGCCACAAGCCGUCCCUCGGCCCCAGCCCGCAGGGCAAGGGCGCCAUCGCCCGGAUGCGGCUGGUGACGAUGGCGCAGGGCGACAGCGCCGCGGUGCUGCGGGCCUUCGACGCUCUGCCCCCGCAGGACAGGGAGGUGCUCAGCGACGAGCUGGGCGCGGUGGACAUUUGGAACCAGACCUGGUCCCGCGAGGAGUCCGAGCACAAGGGCCCCGCCAUCCUAGUCUACUACGCCCCCGCGCUGAUGCAGAAGGCCGGCAAGGAGGACCCGCUGCGGGCCUUGCGCGUGCUGGCGGAGGUCUUCCGGCAGGCGCGCGUCCUGUGGCCGCUGAGCGAGGAAGCCCGGAGCUGGUGGGUAUCCGUCCGCGUCGACCAGCUGAAGGAGCUGCCGCUCGGCGACGUGGAGCGGCCGAAGGAUGGCCACGUCUGGUCGGUGGGGAAGCUCACGUCCCGGGAGGGGGCCGUGCAGCUCACGCCGUGCUCCGAAGUCGGCAGGCCGGACUGGGCGGCCUCCCACGCGGUCAUGGACCUGCAGCCUCGGUAG